CUAGCCAUAAAUUAUGAACGGCCCCAAAGCAACGAGAUAUUAAUGGAAGCAACGACAAAAUAAUUGAAGUAAUGAGAAGCUAUUUGAAAUAACGAGAAAGUACUCCAAAAGCACGGGCAAAAUAAUCGAAGAAAUGAGAAAAAAAUAGUUUAUGUCACAAAAGUGGCAGCUUUAGGCUUUCGUUGAAACGCACAAGUCCGUAGCCCCCGUUCGGACAACGACCCAACUGCGCCAGUUCAGAUUUGACGGAAUAGAGUUACCUCCCUUUGUACCGCGAACGAACUUUCGGUUUAUGUUCUUCGUACCAACACAGUCUCUCUUAAGCGGUAGCAGUGUUUUGCUGAUGCCUUGACUCUUUACCGAUACACAGUAAGAUGGCAGAAGAUGGAGUACGCCACAAGGUUGUGGAUAACAUCGAUGACAGCGUCAAGGCAGUCGGUGACCUCCUGCAGGAAUCUGUCGUUGCUGUGAACUGCGAGGGAAUCCAUCUUGGAAAGAAGGGCCCUCUCACUCUUCUCCAGGUGGCCAAACUAGACGGUUUUGUCUACUUGUUCAAUGUGUUCGUUGAGCCAAAAGUCUUCACUGAAGGCCGACUAAAGUCGUUUCUGGAAAACAAAGAUAUCAUCAAGGUGUUUCAUGCCUGCAGCCACGACAGUGCCGCCCUCAAGUGCCAGUACGACGUCAUGCUCGUCAACGUGUUUGAUGUAAAGGCGGCCCAGUAUGUUAUUGAAAAGUCCGAAGGGAGACAACUCCCGUCUCACCGGAAGUUGCUGGACCUGUGCCGCUUGUACACAGACGUCACAUCGCUUGAGGGGAAAGAAGAAGUUCAAGCGAAAUGGUACAAGGCAGAUGGGGCCUUCUGGGCUAAAAAAGAAUUAUCGCCGGAAAUGGUAGACUACGCAUGUGCAGAUGUGCGGAUUCUGUUACCGGGAGUGUAUGACAAGCUGAAGAGGGCACUUGAUGAAAAAGAGCUGUGGGCAGCGUUAAAUGAAAGAGUAGAAUUUGAAUUGAACUUUCGAUGGAAUGAGAAUGUCAAAUAUGGAGAGACCAAGACUACCAUUAAAAACAUACUUCGCCAGUUCUCAACAAAAUAUACCAGUAAUGUCGAGCUGGAUGACAUCACAAGCGAGGAUGACAUUCAAGCGUUGAAACAGAUUCCAAUCCGAGAAGUAGGACAAUUUCCUGAUACUGUCAUGAAACUGAAAAGCCAAAUUCUAAAAAAGGAAAUGGACGAAUUGGAACAAGCCUUAACAGAAAAGGCCGACUCUUUCGUUCCGAUGGGAUGGCACUUCGGAAUGCUGGACGCCGUCAAGAGCAGCCCUGAUCCUGCAGUAAGCAUGGCAGCAGGUAUACUGAAAGUCAAGCUGGUGGAGAUUCUGAAGACGGACCUAAUUACUAAGUACGAUGUGACAACUCCAGGUAAAUACAUCUCGGAGAGUGAGAAGAUAUUCUUGAGAAGACUACCUUCUACCGGCACCAACCCAGCGGGCCACCCUGUCCUCUCCUAUCUUUACAACGUUGUCAUCGACAGCGACGUGGAGGAAAUCGAGACUCUGAGGCAGAAGUUCCGGCGUGAAGGCAGUCGUUUCAGACUUAACCAUGCAGACCUCCGACGAUGCAAGAACUACAUCAGCGCUCCUGGGGUUCCUGAGAGGCUUAAGACAAAGGCCAAUGCAUUUCUGAACGAAUUAAAGGCUGGGGUGGUGGAAUCUCCCAAAACGAGGCCGCGGAAUCAGUUUAGAUAGAUUUUGAGUGUCUUUAGAAUUGUCUCCACGACCUGGAGCCAUGUCUGUUUUCAAAUAUACUCUUCUUCCAGUAAUGACGAAGCUUCAUUCCACAAUUAAUGCCUCAAGAUUCAUUUUGUAAACUAUUCCAUUAUUGCACUAUGUUAGAAGCGUCUCCACGACCUGGAGCCAAUGUCUGUUUUCAAAUAUACUCUUGUUCCAGUUAUGACGAAGCCCCAUUCCACAAGUAAUGUCUCAAUAUUCAUUUUGUGGAACUAUUCCAUAACUGCACGAUGUUACGAAUGAAACUGAUGUGUCUUACCACUUGCUGUCUUUUAUGUUAAUUCAAACCUGCACUAUUUCUGAAUAACCCGGAUGUGCUUCAGCCCUCUAGACUUGUCAAGAACCUUUAUAUGUUUUGCAUUGUGCCUGUCAGGUACCUUUAUAUAUACUGUAUAUAUACACAAAGAAAAAAGUUAAGCACCCCCUGAUAUUUUUAUGAAUUUUUCCCCCAUUAUUUGAAAUAGUGAUACAAGGUAUAAGUAUGGGAAGAGAAGAGUUUGCGCGAGACGAUAUAACCAGUGAUCACGCUCGUGUCGCAUGUGACAUGCACGUGCAACAUGCUACCACCGAGGAUCACAAAAAGCAGUACGGCUUUGUGGGUAUUUAACGUUGGCUGAAACGGCCAUUCAAGCAUAUUCAUUGAACAUGUCAAUCGACACAAGAAAUCAGAUUAUUGGUAUGCAUACCGCUGGAAUGUCCUUUAAGGCGACUGGACGAAAUCUGGGCUGCCAUUACACCGUUGUUAGCCGUUUAGUCCGGAAACAUGCGCAGACCGGAAGUGCAAUGAACCGUCCAAGUUCUGGAAGACCUCCUGUCACUUCACCGCGUGAAGACAGACAACUGAUGCGACAUGCACGUCUGAGCCCUUCAGACUGUGGUUACCCAAUCGGCCCAUCAACACCAGAACAGUCAGAAAUCAUCUAAAAGCGGCAGGAUUGAAGGCCAGAAGUGUCAUUAAACGUCCCUUGUUGAGAGACCACCAUAAAUGUGCACGUUUGGCAUGGUGCUUGGCCAGACGACACUGGAAUCUGAGGACCUGGAGGAAAAUCCAUUGGUCGGACAAAAACCGCUUUUUACUUUAUUUUACUGAUGAACAUACACGUGUUUGGAGGCAUAAAAACACAGCUUAUACCCCCAGGAACAUUCUGACAACUGUUGCCUAUGGAGGAGGAUCUGUCAUGGUGUGGGGAUGCAUCUCUCAUAAUUGCAAGCUGUAUCUGGUCACCAUCAGGGGCAACUUAAUGGGAGCUCAAUACAUCCGGAACGUCAUACAACCAGUCGUUGUCCCUCAUUUUGAUAACCAUCCACUUGCUACACGACCUCAGUACAUGGACAACCCCAGGCCUUAUCGAUCACGUGCCGUAGUGGAUUACAUGAGGAGCACUGCAGUGACAACUCUACCCAGGCAGCUUUAUGCCCAGAUCUGAACCCCCUGAAGCAUGUGUGGGACAUUAUAGGGCGGCGAAUCCAGGCACGGUACCCUCCAGUACACAAUUUACAUCAGUUAGAAGCAGCUCUGCAUGCUAGUGGUUGUUAUUGAACCGAGAACAGAUCCGACGUCUGACUGGAGGCAUGAGACGUAGGGUGGAAUGUGUCAUCCGGGUACGUGGCGGGUCCAGCCGGUACUGAUUAGUCUCACUGAACACAAACACUAUUGUCUUCAAGGAACAUUUUCAUGUGACAAUAUCAAUGUCAACACCCUUUCAUUGACUUGCACCUCCAUACUUUUGGGGGGUUUGUUUCGGGGUAAAAGCAGUACCCAUGAUAACAUGACGUAAUCGCUAUUAAAUUCUAACCACAGCUCAGCAAUGUUGCGUUUCUGUCUUGCCAGAUGGUUGUUCUAUCAGACAGCAUUUGAAUGUCCGAUUAUUUAGGGCCAUUGCGGACCUGGCAAGUUUUUUGCCAUUUGGCAUUGUGAGAAUUUCAGGGGGUGCUUAUACUUUUUUUCUUUGUGUAUAUUUUGUAUUCUGAAGGUAAGCUACAGAACACUGCUGCUGUGAUACACUGCUUUGACAAAUGGUAUUGGAGGUUUUAGUGAUGUAAGGAAACAAAUCCAUAGUUAAAAUGCCUUGCAAUGACGGAAGGCGUUAAUUAAUAUCCACCACAGAACUUUCCCAGUGCAGCGAUGUAGCUGAUGGUUGGUCUCACAUUUGACCAACCGUUUGUGUAUAACUACUUAUAAAUGCGUUUCUGUCGUUCUUUAAAUUGUUGAUUGGUUCCUGAAAACUCCCUAAAAAGGCCUUAAAUGUGAUGGCUGAUAAUCCUACGAACCCUAAUGUGUCAAGGCCAUGUCGUCAAUCAUUCGUCACCACUCGACCCUUUCUGUAACCUUCGGCUUGUCCCGGAAUAACCCGAGUUGGUCACGAAUGGUCGUCAAUGUGUGGGCCUGAAAUGAUCUCAUCUCAGACGUCUGAUCAUUUUUAUAAUCUAAAUUCCUGGUUGUGUCAAUAACAUUAAAUUUAAUGAAAACUGUAAAUAUUAUUUAGCUUCUUCCAUUCUCCUUGCUUUUGUUGAGUUGCUAUACGUUUCCUUUUCACUAGAUUUGUUUGUAGGAAUAAUUGCUAGUUUUAAUGUUAUGUAUGUACAUGUAAUUACCGACGUUAAAUAUCAUUUUUGCAUUCUUCAAUAGUAAAUUAAUGCAAAAUUUCAAACAGACCAUUUACACACAGCCUUAAAUAAACACGUUUGAUUGGAAUUUUAGAAGUAGAUGAAUAAUAAGAAAGAUACGAUGCUUUAUGGAUGCUAAAAAAGUUGUUAUCUAUAAAGCGUCGUACCUUUCUGAUGUUUUCUCACAAUGUUGCCAGGGGUCUAAAGCGAAAGAUACGUGAAAAUGAGUUCAGCUCCCCGAGGAGAUAUUAUGACGCUAUGUCUGUCCUUGAGAUAUCAUUUGCUGUUUUUUCACAACUGAUUUUUUACCCUUAACAGGAGAGCCUUCUAAUAGCUACUUAAAUUCUAAAAGAAUAUCUGACACUGUUAGUUUAUUUCCUUGCACCGUCAAUGAAAACUUCAAGGACGCCUAUAUUUUUAUGGCGAUUUCUUUUUUAUUAGUUAGUAUAGUUUUUUAAUGUUUUUGUUAAUUUAUAUUUUUGCAUGUAAAAUCAUGCCUAUGUGCAAACAUUAUUGUAUUGUCAUUGUACUGCAUCCUUUAGAUUGCCUUCUUUUAUUACUGAAACUGUUACCAUGCUUUCUUGAAGUUAAUCGCAACCUUCUAUAUGUAACUUAACAUCUUAAUAAACACGGUUGACGGGU